GUGCGACCCGGACCAUUCCAAUUUCAGCAGCGGCCUCUUCGAGUGGACCCGGUUGAGACUGGUUUGGGGCACCGGGCUGCUCUCCGUGACCGGAAUCCUCUUGGCCAUCUUGGCACAAGUUGGCUGCUGCCGUCCAAAGCCUGGACGAUACUGGCCACACCUUCUAAGGCGAUCCUUGCAGCAGGUUUUGCUGCGAGGAGCGAUCUGUUAUACCAUCUAUCUUUGCGUACCUUGGGUGCUCUUGGAGAUGCAGAACCUCUCCUGGGGCACCCGUGGCAUUCUGCCAGACAUAAGCCAUGGUCAUGGCGCCGAGUGGGUCCAGUUCUACUGCUGGAGGUACGUAACGCACUCUGUUGCCACAACGCCCACUUGCGUGGACUACGAGACUUCCAACGAUCAACCUUGGUACUUUCAUGGGGAGAACAGCUUGUACAUGAAUGCGACCUGGGUGGCAAAGCAAAAGAUUGGAAGCCCAACGGGUGUUGAUCCCUGUGGCGCCACGGGGUACACCACACCGAUGUUUCUAGCUAUCAAUGGCAUCGUGCUGGCGGCUGGCUUGGUUGGGCUGCUCUUCGGGCUCUCCCUGUUGCGAUGGUACCUCACCGUGGCUGGGCCCCUGUGGAGUGCCUUUUUCGUGGCUCAGGUGGCACAGUGGCAAAUCUUCGGCCCGCUCACAGGGCAGGCUCUGAUAGCUCCUGGCCUGCUGCGCUUUACGGAGACCGACAGUUCAUGGGUGUUCCACCUUUGCAUAUUCGGUGCCGUGCUAACGCUUCCUGUGUAUGAUAUGCUAAUAAAGCUCAUGCACUCCUACUAUCGACGUUCCUUGCAGUUGGCCUACUUCUGUGACGGCGAAGACAUUGACUUCACUGCCACAGCAGAGUGUCCAUACUGUCCCCAUCUUUUGCUGGGGGCGUGUGUUAAUGACUUCAGAACGCCUCAAGAGGAGAAGCUCCUCUGCGAUUUUACACUUAGUCCUCUAUAUCUGGGCUGCCCACGCACAGGUUUCUUUUGUACGGACUCCGGGAUGAGGCUUGGCUAUGCAAUGUCCGUCUCCGCGGCUGCACCUGACACCUUCAUGCUCACCAAGUUUGACGUGCUUCCCAUCCGCUUUGUUCUUUCUGUAUUCUCACUUCGGUUGGGUGACUUUGUCAGGUUGGAGCCCGACGGCAAAGUGGCCAUCAAAGUGGGCAGAACGGUUCGUCGCUUGGAGGAGGCCGCCGUUCAUAGCUCUACUGGAGGGCAUGCCGAGCAGCAUGGGCAAACUGCACAGUAUCUAGCGCAGAGAAUGUUGGACCGUGCCAUUGUGGCCUUGCCUUUUAUCGGCUGCCACCUCCUCUUGGUGUUGGGGAAACAGCUGGGCAAUGCUGGCGACUGCUUCUCCUACGGCGUCGUACUGCAGAUUGGCUUGUCGGGGUUCGUGGUCGUGCUGGUACUGAGCUUCUUCGCUUUUGCUCCGCAGAUGAGGUGGCUCAUGCGAAGUCCCCUGAUUCUGCAGUUUCAGAUGAUGUUCAUGCAUCGGCACCAGGCUGCGCGGCCACCGCCGUAUGUUUACCUGUCGGAUGGGGGACUCAUCGAGUGCUUGGGCGUGCUGAUGCUGCUCCGGAGGCGCAUGCCGCUCAUCCUUUGUUCGGACGCUUGCGAGGACAUGAGCUUGACCUUGCGAGCACUUCGCGACACCAUCGAGCUUGCCAGAGAGGAACGGCUAUGUUCCUUCUUCGACAUGCAUGACCCGAGGCGCGAUGUGCAUCUGGCAAUGGAAGAGUGGCGGAAGGGUCAUUCUUCGUACCUGCGGCUCGGAAUCAGGUACGAGCGCUUACCCGGUGAGGAGGAACCCCUCGAGGGCGAGCUGCUGUACAUCCGCAUGCGGUUGGCGCCUGGGGACGCAGCUCUUGAGCGGCCGAUCUUGGAGAAGCAAGAGCUGCUGCAAGACGCAGAAACGCCGCGAGGAAGUGCUUUCAGCGAACAGGCCUCACCAGCCACGGCAUCGCGACCACAGUGGGGACCAGACAGCAGGCCCUUUCUGGAUGAGACGAUGGGGGAUUCUCUCGAGGCUCCAUCUUCCUCUCCACACAGCGGAUAUCGGCGCGACAUGGACGGCGUUUGCUGCGAGGGCAGCUGCUGCGGGUUGCGUCGAUGUGGGCGAAAGUUUCCAGACUUCGGCACUGGCAACCAGUUCCUCCAGCCCAAGCACUUUGCCAACCUGUGCUUUCUCGGUGCGGAGAUGUCGCUGCCAGCGGUUCGACAUGCUGCGGCGAAGAUGCGAGAAGCCAGGUAA